AUGGCGGCCAUGGGGCGGGGCCGCGGGGCGCGGGGCACGCUGGGGCCAGCGCGCGGGCUGCCGGGAACGGGGCGGAGCGCGGCCGCGCCGGCGCGUCGAGGGGGAGAGGCAGCAGCCGCGAUGGACGUGUUCCUCAUGAUCCGGCGCCACAAGACCACCAUCUUCACGGACGCCAAGGAGUCGAGCACUGUGUUCGAGCUAAAGCGCAUCGUCGAGGGCAUCCUCAAGCGGCCGCCGGACGAGCAGCGGCUGUACAAGGACGACCAGCUUCUGGACGACGGAAAGACAUUGGGCGAGUGUGGCUUCACCAGCCAGACAGCACGGCCUCAGGCCCCAGCCACUGUGGGGCUAGCCUUCAGGGCAGAUGAGGCCUUUGAGGCCCUGCGCAUCGAGCCCUUCUCCAGCCCACCCGAGCUGCCGGAUGUGAUGAAGCCACAGGACUCAGGAAGCAGCGCCAAUGAACAAGCUGUGCAGUGAGAGGCCCCCCCAACCGCCCUACCCCCCCAAUAAAAGAGAUUUGGGUGUCCA